AUGUUUCUCCGCGUAGCCGCCAAGCGACAGACUCACUGCGCGCCGCUGGCGGGAGUCAUCGCGUCUCAGCUUUCCGCGUUCCUGUCCGCGCCGUCCGCUUCAGCCACCUCCUCCGCGGCUCUGCUCACACCCGCCGUCGCCUGUCGCCCUCCAAUCAGCGAAGACCACGCGGCCGUCAGUAACUGGGGGCUCUGCAGUGUAAACGACGGUGCCGGCGCGUUUCCAGUUAAGGUGCCACGUCAGCCCGCAGGCUGGCGCGGGUUCUCCGCUUCCGCCUCAGCAGCGGCGUCGUCACUCACCGGCAGUCCCGCUGGAGCUCCUGAUGCUGCUCCCGCGGCUAGCGAAGGGGACGUGCCGCGCGUGAAGCUGCUCAUUGGAGGCAAGCUUGUGGACUCUACCUCCGACCACCAUGUUCCCGUCAUCAACCCGGCGACACAGGAGGUCCUGGCGCAUCUGCCCCUGGCAACGCGCGGGGAGUUCAGUGCAGCAGUGCGCGCAGCCGCGGACGCCUUCCCUGCAUGGCGCGCCACCCCGCUGCCCGUGCGCGCGCGCGUCAUGCUCAAGCUGCAGGAGCUCAUCCGCCGCGAAAUGGACCGGUUGGCUCUGAGCGUGACCACGGAGCAGGGCAAGACUCUAGCAGACGCACGAGGGGAUGUCUUCCGUGGCCUCGAGGUGGUGGAGCAGGCGUGUGCGAUGGGAACGAUGCAGAUGGGAGAGCUGCUGGAGAACGUGAGUGUGGGCGUGGACACCUACAGCAUCAGGCAGCCUCUGGGCGUGUGUGCUGGCAUCUGCCCCUUCAACUUCCCCGCCAUGAUUCCCCUCUGGAUGUUUCCGUUCGCAGUGACAGCGGGCAACACGUUCAUCCUCAAGCCAUCGGAGAAGGACCCGGGUGCUGCCAUGAUGCUCGCUGAACUCGCACUGGAGGCUGGCCUGCCUGCUGGCGUGCUCAACGUGGUGCAUGGCACACAUGACGUUGUGAAUUGGAUGUGUGACGAGCCUGAGAUUCGGGCAAUCUCGUUCGUUGGAUCAGACAAGGCAGGGCGAAACAUCUAUGCACGAGCAGCAUCACAUGGCAAGAGAGUGCAGUGCAACAUGGGAGCCAAAAACCACGCAGUGGUUCUGCCAGACGCGGACCCACAGGCAGCAGUGAAUGCGUUAGUGGGGGCGGCGUUUGGGGCAGCGGGGCAGCGCUGCAUGGCCAUCAGCACUGCCGUGUUUGUCGGGGGCUCGCAGCAGUGGGAGCCGCUACUAGUGGAGGCAGCAACGCGGCUGCGAGUGGCAGUGGGCACGGACCCAGCAGCGGACCUGGGCCCGGUGAUAUCGAAAGACGCUAAAGCGCGCAUUCACGCCCUGGUGGACAGUGGCGUCGCUGACGGCGCCCGCCUGCUGCUGGACGGCCGCAACGUGCAGGUCCCAGGGUACGAGAGCGGCAACUUUGUGGGUCCGACCAUUCUAGCGGACGUGAGGGAGGGCAUGGAGUGCCACCGGGAGGAGAUAUUCGGGCCCGUGCUGCUGCUCAUGUCUGCCGACUCGCUUGAUGAUGCCAUUGCUCUCGUCAACCGCAACCCCUAUGGCAACGGCACUGCGAUUUUCACAUCCUCGGGCGCAGCUGCCAGGAAGUUUCAGAACGAGAUUGAUGUUGGGCAGGUGGGUAUCAACCUGCCCAUCCCAGUGCCGCUGCCCUUCUUCUCCUUCACCGGCUCGCGGGCCAGCUUUGCCGGAGACCUCAAUUUCUAUGGCAAGGCGGGUGUGCAGUUCUACACGUACACCAAGACUGUUACCGCGGCGUGGAAACAGCCGAGUGGGGCCGAUCUACCCGACGACUGCCUCCUCCUCAUCCUCUCCCUCCUCCCAUCCACCCGCAAUCGCAACGCCCUCUCCCGCGCUUGCCGCCGCCUUCACCGCUUAGACGCCUCCUCCCGCCGCUCUCUCCGCGUCGGCCGCGGCCUGCACCCGGCAAAAGCGGCGCUCGCGCGGCUGCUGGGUCGCUUUUCACGAAUUACCUAUUUCCACGUGGACUAUUUUGGAUGGGAGCCGGCGCAAGGCCCGCAACUUGCGGAUGAUGACGUGGGCGCAUUAGUGCUGUUAGCCAGACAACUAGCACCUCCUAUCGCUCCCUCACCUUCCGCCUGUUCCGCAUCCUCCCCGCAUUGGCGCCCCUUAAGAGAACAUGGCGUCGCCCAAACCCUUCCUUGCGAUCAGCCACUCCCGUUGCGCCACGUGUCUCUCUCCUUCACGAGCCACGUCACCGACGCCGCCAUGCCUCACCUCGCCUCGCUCCCGUCCCUCACCUCACUGCGCCUCGACUCCGUUCCUUGCCUCACCGAGCGGGGAGUUUUGUCCGUAGUGACGGGGUGCCGACAGCUGCAGUGGCUGCACGUUGAGAGGUGCACGAACGUGCGGAGUAGCGAAUGGAUCGCUGCUAUUGGGGAGAGAUGCAAGGACGGGGGUGGGGGGAAUUGCUGCGAUGAAAGUGCGGCGGAAAGCAGCAGCAGCAGCAGCAGCAGCAGCAGCAGAAGCAGCAGCCUACGUGGCUUGGGAGUGGUGAACUGCCGUGGCAUAGGCGAGGCGGACGUAUUCAGACUGCGACCUGCAGCAUGGGAAUCCCUGGAGGAGCUGCGCUGGGAGAUGGACGAGGAGAAGAACGCACUGCCAGCACGCCCAACAGCUCCUCCUUCUGCUCUCUCUGCCGCCUCCUCUCCUGCUCCCGCCGUUGCCUGCCCACGGCUGCGUGUGCUGCGCCUUGCCAACUGCCCCGGUGUGCCUCGUGAGGGGCUGGCUCUGCUGCUGCUGCAGCUGGCGCAGCAGCAUUGCAAGGAGCAGGAGGAGCAGCAGCAGCAGCAGCAGCAGCAGCAACAGCAACAGGAACAGAGGCAGUAUCAUCAGCAGCGGCACCAGCAGCAAUCAAGCGCCAGUCAACACAGCAGCCUGCAUGGGUUGCCGUCAAGCCCUCUCUCUCCAGACUCCCAACUCGCACAAUCCCUCUCCUCCUUAUCCCUCUCCUGCCCGUCUUCCUCCACCGCCUCUCUAUCGCACCCACCAUUUAACACGGCAAACCCAAGGCUGCCUCACGCACAGAACCUCACUGGCUGCUCCCCCAGAUUCUUGUCAUUCUCCCCAUCCUCCUCCCCGUCCUCCUACCCAUUCGCAUCGCUGCAGGAGCUGCAGCUGUAUGGGUGCCCUGGCAUCUCCGACACUGCACUGGCAGUAAUUCUGCAGUCCAUGGGCCCUUCUUUACUCACUCUCAAGCUGAAGCUUUUCAAACAGCUGCCUUUCCUGCCGUCCGUCCCCAGCGCUCCCCUCACUCUUCACCACCGCCCACACCUCCCCGCACCCUCUGCGUCACUCCCCACCGCCUCAUCUGUACUGCGAACGGCAUCAGCGGUAACUGCUGCAGAAGCCAACAUAUGGACAGGUGUGCCGUCAGGUGUCGCAUCAUCUGUGCAAUUUGAGGAAGCACCAGCAGCUGCAGCGGCGGAGGCGGUGUUUGAUGGGUGGGCAUCAGAAUCAGCAGCGCACAUUGCGGCAAGGGCAGCGGCACAUAUGGAGGAGGCCAUGGGCCCGUUGUCGGUGAGAGCGCUCACAACCGCAUGUCUCCCUCUCGUCGCCCGUUAUUGUCACAAGCUGAAUCUCCUGGAACUUCUUACGUGGAAUGACUAUCCGCUCGGUGCUUCUCUAUUUGCUGGAUUUGCUGACGUGGCGGUUGAGCAGCUGCUGGUGGCAUGUCCUCGCUUGGAGCUGUUGCGGUUGGAUAAGGGGUUUCAUGUGAGCAUGCAUGUGGUUGCACAGGCAAAUCAACGUGUUGUGAUCGUGGAUCAUAAUGCACAACAUAAUGCAAUGUAA